CUCAGGGAAUUUGUGAUGAUGUCUGGUUACGUCUAAAGGCGUCACCUCCCCCCCUCCUUUCUCAUGAGCUUUUCAAAAUCUGAAACAAGAUGCAGCUGAGCUAUGCUGGAGCAGUUUGUAGCUGAAGAGAGCCGAGAGGAUACGGCUCACGCCGAGUCCCAACUAAAAAUUCAAGGAGGGCGGAAAUUCGUAAACUGGGGUCCGGAUGCUAAAGUGUAGCUAAUUAUAUGAAAUCUUAGUAAAUAAUUUAGUCUGGUCUAUAAAUAAAAAACUUUUUGCCGCAUUUACCAAAUGCUUGAGUAGUCCACUCUUGUGCCCGUGAAAAGAGGAAGGGCAUCUCUACAGUCCGGAACGUUGUUGGCUGGGGGCUGUGCUAUGGGAUGGACGAGGCCCAGCAGGACCAGUAUGAGCUGCAGCUGAGAGAAGUCUUCCAGAGUUUCGAUGCCACCGGGCGGGGCUCCCUGUGCCGGCAGGAGCUCUCGGACCUGUGCCAGACCCUGCACCUGGAGGAGGCCACGCCCACUCUGCUCCACACGCUACUGCAGGACCGGGACAGUGCCAACGGCAGGGUUGAUUUCCAGCAGUUUAAGGACGCGCUUAUUCUCGUGCUGUCGUCUGGAGCAGGAGAGCCCGUGACAGGCCAAGACACCACCUCGCCGCCAGACUCCCCGGAGGCGCGGCCCAAGUUCGUGAAGGACGGCAAACGCUACGGCCGGAGGUCGGUCCCGGAGUCCCGCGACUCCGUCACCGGGUUCUCCGAGGUGCCCGACUCCGACCCGGCGGGACAGGACCACGAGGAGGCGGAGAACCCCACGGUGCCCCCCCGAAAACGAGAGCGCUGGAACACUCAUGCCGACGGCACAGAGGAGUAUGAAGCUGAAGGUCAGCUGCACUUUUGGAACCCCGAUGAGCCGGGCACCCCCAGGGGGGCGGCGAUGCCCCUGUCGGAGAGGCUGGAGGAGAGGCUGUACGGGGCGUGCGAGGACCUGGCGCUGUCCUGGGACGGCCUGGCCAGUCGCAGUGAGCUGCUCUCCGUCUGCGAACACCUGGGACUGGAGGUGACGGAGGAAGCGCUCGGGAAUCUGGGCAGCGAUGGGGUGAUGAGCGUGCAGGAUUUCGUGUCCUGGGUUCUGGAGCACUGCAAGCCCCCCACCCCUUCCGCCUCCACCCCUUAUCGACAGCUCAAGAGACACCACUCCACCCAGCCUUUUGACGAAAUGGGGCGCAGGAUCGCCACCCCGUCCGCCAUGACCGGCACCAUCGGCCUGCGCCUCUUCUCCAGCCUGGACGACGGCUCGGGCUUCGCCCCCGUGGAGAACCUUCUGGAUGCCUGGCUGGACGAGGGCAUUGAGAACAGCCCUGAGAUCCUGCAGGCUUUGGACUUCAGCCUGGAUGGGAAGGUGAACCUCGGUGACCUCACCAUCGCCCUGGAGAACGAGCUGCUCAUUACCAAGAACGGCAUCCACCAGGCAGCGCUGGCCAGCUUCAAGGCUGAGAUCCGACACCUUCUGGAGUGUGUGGACCGCGAACUUCGGGAGAAGGAGAAGAUCCGCUCAGACUUUGAGAAGACGGAGAAGCUGAAGAACCAAAUGGCGACCGAGGUGGACGAGCACCACUCGGCCAUCGAACGAAUGAACGACCUCAACCUCAGGAAACUGGAACAGGAACACAGGGAGAAGCUGGCGGUCGUCAGGACCGAGUUGACCAAAGAAAUGGACCUGAUCCAGCAGCAGGCCAGCCAGCAGCGCGAGGAGCAGGAACGCGAGAUGGAGAGGUUGAAGGAGGACGAGGCCUUUCUGAGAGACCACCUCUCACUCACCAUCAAGGAGAAUGGACGCCUGGAGUUAGAACUGCUAGAAGGCACAGAGAAACUGGUAGAGGCAGAGAACACUAUCAACAAACUUCAGAGGAACCUGGACAAUAUCCUCAAGGAGAAGUUCGGGGAUUUGGACCCAGGCAGUGCUGAGUUCUUCCUUCAGGAGGAGCGCCUCAGGCAGCUGCGUAGUCACUACGAAGGCCAGUGCAGGGAGAUGCAGGAUCGUAUCGAUGAGCUGCAGGCUGAGCUGGAGGAGUACCAAACCCUUGGCAGGACUCCUAAUGCCUCCCUCAAGCCUUCGUUGUCGGAAGAGUUUGACAGUAAGAGCCCUGGCAUCGAGUCUGACCAAGGUCUCGGCUCAGAAGACUGCCAGCCCUUCAACAUGACCCUGGAGGCGGAGAUGCUGAUGGAGCAGCUGAAAGCACAGCACCUCCAGCAGGUGGAGAACCUCAGAGCCCAAAUGGAGACCAAGGUCUGUGAAUACCAACAGAAGGUAGAGGAGCAGCGGGCAGCUCAUGAAGAGGAGCAGAGGGUGCUGUCCCUCCAGUGCCAGGGGGAGGUGCAGGCCUUGCAGGAGGAGAUGUCCAGGGUCCAGGACCGAGUCCAGGAGCUGCAGAACCAGCUGGACCAGGUGCAGCUGGAGCGGGUGAGGCUGGAGCAGAGCCAGGCGGAGGAGCGGGCAGAGUUGGGGAGGCGGCACCAGGAGGAGAUGAACUCCCUCAGGCAGGAGCUGUUGGAGGCCCAGGCCCAGAUCACCAAGCUGGGAGACCAGCUGAAGACCCUGGAGGCUCACCAGGCUACAUGUGAGCAGAGCCUGACUGAGGAGUGGGAGGUUCUCCGGAGGCUGCAUGAUGAGCAGCUCACACAGCAGGAGGAGCAUCACCGAGCGGUCCUGCAUGCCAGGCUGGAGGAGGAGAGGGAGAGGAUGCUGGCGGAUAGGGAGGAGGCAGUGAGGCGGCUCGUGGAGCAGUGGGAGAGGGAGAAGGACCAACUGCAGGAGAGCCAUGAAGCGCUGCUUCAGGCCAGGCUAGAGGAGGAGAGGCAGAGGUACCUGGGGGAAAGUGAAGAUCAGGAGAGGAGGCUCAUGGAGCAGUGGGAAAAGGAGAGGCUAGAGCUUAAGGAGCAGCAGGAUGGUGCCUUUCAGGUGAUGCUGGAGGAGGAGCGUCUCAGGCUGCUCAAGGAUCAGGAGCAGCUGGAGAGGAGCCUUUUGGAGAAGUGGGAGAAGGAGAGGGCCCAGCUUGAGGAGAGCCAGGAGAGAUUCUUCCAGACAAGGCUUGCAGAGGAGAGGGUCCGUAUUCAGGAUGAGGUAGAGAAGAGCUUCAUGGACAUUUGGCAGAAUGAGAAAGCUCAGAUUGAGGAGCAUCAUGAGGAAGUCCUCCAAGGCAGAGUAGAGGAGGAGAGGGACAGACUCUUGGGGGAGAGGGAGGUGCAGGAGAAGAGGUUGCUUGAGCAGGUGGAGGAGGAAAGAGCCCGUCUGGAGGAGAGCCACAGGGAAGCCAUGCAGGAGCUGAGCGCCAGACACAGCGAGGAGAGGGAGAGGCUGAGUGGUGCGCUGGACAGACUGCGGGAGGAAAUCGCAUUAGAGAGGAAAGAACUGGAGAACCACUUCUCACAGAGGAUCAGGGAGGUAGAGGCACGGUUCUCGGGGGACCAGAAAGCUGUCUCGGAACGCUUCCAGACUGAUGUAUCCAAGUUGGAGCAGCACUACCAAAGUGAGCUACAGGGUCUUUCCGAGCGUCACUCUGAAGAGAAGGCCAAGUGGAAGGCUGAGAUGGACGAGGCUGCCCGGGUGGCUGAACAAGAAAAGAGGGCUCUGCAGGAAGUUCUGGAGCAAGAGAAACAAUCUCUCACCCAAGAGCUGUUGAAGGAACGAGACCGACUGGAGCAGAGCCACAGGGAAGAGUUUGAUGCCUUGGCAGCUAAAAACAGGGAGCUCCAAAAUGAGCUGGAAAACUUGAUCAGCACUGCACAGUCCAAAGAGAUUGAGCUGAGCAGGCAGCUGAACGAGUUGCACAACAGAUUGCAGGAGAACCUAGACGCCAAAGACGAGCUCUUGGCCCAAUCAGAAAAGAAGGCCCAGGAGAUUGAACUGCUCCUUCGACAGGCAGCAGAGGACUUUGAGCAGGAGAAGACGGAGCUACAGGGUAACCUUAAUCAACUUGAAGAGAGGAACAAGCAGACGCUUUGUCUAGCAGAGAAACAGGUGGAGGAACGGGAGAAACUGCUGGCAGAGAAUGACCAUCUGAAGUCCAAGAUUCAGGAAAUGGAGGCUGAAAUGAAUCAGCUGUUGGAGCUGAGAGAAAAUUUUGAAGAGAUCAAGAGAGGAAGGGAAGAAUCUUUUGGAGUGAUCACAUCUCUACAAAAUGAGAUUGAAGAUCUGAAGGCUGAAAUACAGGUGCUGACCAUAUCUGAUAAGGAACAGGAAGUGCAUUCAGAGAAUGCAUUAGAAACUGAGGCAUUUAGUGGGGACAAUCUUGUCCGUUCAAUACAAUCCCCUUUGCCAGAUGGAAAAGUAUGUGGUGAAAAUGCAGAUACUGAUAGUGAGGAGGCUCUUUCUCAGGAUAGGGUGUCGCAGCUGAAGAAAGAGACAAAGAUUAUUUCAAAGCUGCAGGCAGAUUAUAAGGAGGCAGUAAAGGAACGAGACCUCAGCAUCUGCAGGAUUGCAGCAUUACAAGACCAAGUGGACAGGCUUCAGAACCAAGUCUGUCUCCUUGCUGAGCUUCAGGACCAAUGUGAUUCUAUGAACGAGAAGAACCUGGUUCUCCAAGAGCAAGUAUACCAGCUGCAGCAGAAGGGAAGUCAACUUGAGAACAUCCUGGAGGACAACAACAAGAAGAUGGCUGCUGGUGCACAAGCUCUUGAGGAGAACAGCUACCUCAGGGAUGAAAUUUCUGCAAUGACGGAACAUACUAAAGAGAUGGAGGCAAAGACCUCAGAGAUGGAGGAUCUCCAGACCAGGUAUAAGGAAUGCAUCUGUGAAAACACCAGACUCAGGGAGCAGAACAGGAAGCUAGAAGACCAGUUUUUGGACCUUGACCGCAAGAUGUACCUUAUCCAGGACUUCAAAGACCAGCAUGCCAGACUGCAGGAUGAAAUGACCAGGGUGAAAGACGAGAACUCCAGGCUCAUUGCUCAGCUGCAAGACAUGCAGAAACACAAUGACAUUUUCAUGGUCCUUCAGCAGGAUACAGAGAUUGCUUUGGCUGAGGCCAUGAGCGAGGAUACCUUGCAGGACCUGAGCUCUCAGCUGGAAGCCAAGAUCCAGGCUGUGUCUGACUUGGAAGACUGCUGCACGGAGUUUGAGAGGCAGAACGCCAAACUCCGGAGAGCUCUCACUGGUUUGCAGGACAGAUCUCUUAAGAUACAAGAAACGAUGCGAGUCCAUAGGAGCGAAGCUGGUCGUCUGGCAGAAGAGAACGUCAUUCUGAGACAGAGCAUCUCCGCGUUGAAGGAAGAGGACCUCCGCAACACCCAAGAAGAAAUGCUGCGAAAACUUGAACACUACAAGAAGGAGAAGUUGACUGCUCAAAGGGUUGCAGAGAACCUAAAGAAGCAGGUGGCAGAACUGCGGGUUCAGGGACAACAGCUGGAGCAGGAGAAUGAGCUCCUGUCACAGAAAAAUACCAAGAAUGCAGCUGAUGUGCAGGAGCUGAACCACCGGCUGUCUGACAUGCUCAGGCAACGUGAGAGGAAGGAGGCAGGCAGAUGCCCAAACCAGCAGGGGGAGCCAGAGAGGGAUGACCUCACCACUGAGUCUGCACAGGAAAGAAGAAAGAUGGAGGCUUGUGUGUUCACCUUGGAAACCAAGUUGUCAAAGGCCCAGGAAGGGAACAGUCUCCUGGAGCAAGAGAAGGUCCAGCUGACACAGGAGCUCUCCUCGCUCAGGGAGCAGCUCUGUGGUGGCAGGGACUUGACUGUGGACCUAGCCAGUGCCAUGUCCAGAGUGGACAAGCUUCAGAAGGAGAAUGAGACUCUAAGUGGGGAACUGAGUCGCUGUGUGGACAAGAUGGCAAAGCUCGGAACGGUGGAGUGUCAACUCUCUCACCUGCUGGAAGAGAGGCUGAGCCUGGAGAAGCAGAGUCAGGCUCUCCGUGCCCAGCUCACUGCAGCACAAGAGAAGGUCCAGGCUAAGGAGGAGGCCCUACAGACUGUCAACUCGCAGAACGCGCGGCUGAAAUCAGACCUGCGGGUCACCCAGCAGGAGAAGGAGGCUCUCAAACAGGAAGUGAUGUCGCUGCACAAACAGCUGCAGAAUGCUAACGAUAAGAACCAGGUUCUAGAGAUGGCGUUGCACACAAGCGGGUACCAGACCCAGCACAAAAAACUGUACUGGGAUGAAUUGGCCCGACUGGUGGAACAGGAGCAGCAGUUACUGCGGCAGGAAAACGAGCGGUUGCAGAGGGAGGUCCAGAACACCAAGGGGGACCUUGUCCAUGCUCGGGACAAGACUCGCCAGCUGGAGACCGUGGUUCUGUCUCUGAAACAGCAGAAGCAGCAGGGCCAGUCCAGCCUGGUCAAGGCUGUGGAGCAGGAGAAGGCCGGUCUGAAGCGUGAGCUGGACUCACUGCGCAAGGAGCUGGUCAGUGCUAACAGGAAGGUGAGCGAGCACGGCGAGGUUCAGAGAGAGCUGGAGAACCUGCGGCAGGAGAACGAAGGGCUGAAGAGCCGGCAGACCCAUCUGGAGGCGCAGCUGUUGGAGGCUCUCCAGGCCCAGCUGGGUGGCAUGGUACCACAAGCACAACUGCGGUUGCCAGGAGAACGGCGAGGACAGCACCGGGGGGACGAGCUGGGCGGCCGUGGCCUGGAGCUCAACCUGCAGGAGGAGCAGGAGGUGAAGCUGAUUAAGAUGGAGGAGCGCAUGCAGGAGGUGGAGCUGAAGCUGCGGAAUGUUAAGAUGCUCCUGCAGGAGAAGGUGUCCCAGCUGAAGGAUCAGCUGCACAAGAACACCAAGGCGGACAUGAUGAUUAAGGACCUGUACGUGGAGAACGCCCAGCUGCUCAAGGCCCUGGAGAUGACGGAGCAGCGGCAGAAGGUGGCCGAGAAGAAGAACUACCUGCUGGAGGAGAAGAUUUCCAGUCUCAACAAGAUCGUCCGUGACCUGAGCCCCUCUCCGCUCACCGCCAUGCCGUACCACUUCAGCCGCUCCUGACGAUCCGUGUGAGCGGGCCGCACAUGAGCCCCUGAACAUGCACUGUCAGUGCACGCCUGCUAACACUGCACACCUGCUAACGCUGCCUACACCUGAACCCUCAUCAACAUUUUCAGACCCCCCUGUUUCCAUUGCCAUGUGAUGUUCUACUCCCUCCAAAAAAUCUUUUACUUUUUGGGAACCAUUAUGUAUCUGUGUUGGUGUUGCUGGGACCUUGAUAUCAGCACAACUGCAGCCAGCUGGGUGGGGGGGGAGGUUUCUUUUUUUCUUUGAGAUUACUUUUUUUGUUUGUUUUAAAAACAUUUUGCGAGGGGGUGUGUUUAAAAUGCAAGAAGUUGCACUUGGGACAUUAAUUUAAAGGAAAGCGCUUGUCAUCUUGGUCUGUUGUACCUUUUACAAACUCCACUGCUAUUUUUCAAUAAGCUUCUCUGCUUCCAUGAAUAAUAUUUCAACUAGAAAACCCUGAUGGUAAACUAGACAGUACUUCUAACCAUCCUAUUAGGGCAUAGAUAUUCUCAGAUAUUUUAUAUGUGAGAAUAUAAAUAUACUAUUUACAUCAUGGUUAUGAAUAUUGGGAGUAAAACAGAAUCUGUGACUAUGGCCACGUGGAAACAUUUUCCAAGACCGCUUUCGAUUGAUGAAGGAUGUGUAUUAAGGCUGAGUACAUAUUUAUUUUAUGAAGAUAUGUACACUAACGCAAAUGUUUUACUAAGUUAGUCUAUUGUAUGAAUGGGCACUUCCAAUGACCUAUGAGUGCUUAUGAUUUCUGCCAUUAUCCUUUAAGGUCAUAUGGCACGAUUAUGCUAAUAUGCUUGUGGACAGUGGUUAAAAUGAUUUUUUUCUGAAAACAAAGUCACACAACAUUAAAUAGGGGGUCUUUAAAUGUGAGCAUUUUAUUUUUUUUAACAUUGUAGAAAAUGUCUUGCUAAAUGUGAAAUUGGCAGUGUAGCCAAUUUAUUGUGUAUGUUCUGUGAAACCAAGGUGAAAAAAAUAAGUUGCAUUGCACAUUUUUGUUCAGUGCUACUUACAGGAAAAAAAGGUUCUAAGACAAGUGUAUUUUAUACUGCCUAAAAAGUGUUCUUGGCUGAUUACAACAAUCGUUUGAAAGCUGCCUCAGACUACGAGGAGAGAAGGAAAACACUACCUUAAGCAAUAUGUAUGAUAUUGUGUUUUUGUACUGUAUGUCACUCACCAUAACUUUUAUUAUGUUUAUUUUCUCUGUACAUUAUGUGUAAACACUGAAGAACUCCAUAUGGUGUACAGAUUGCUCACUGUAAACUGUGAAAACAGGUGUACGAUUGGUGGAUUCACUUAGCAAUAUGAGAUUGCACAGAAGGGGAAUAGGCGAAUGUACUACCUGCAUAUGAAUUUAAUGCUUGUUAUCGAUAACAUUCCAUAAUUUAUGCUUGAACUGAUCAUUGAAAUUGGAUACAAUUUUGAAACCGCACCUGAGUUCUCUAAAAAAAAACAAAAUUGGGAAAUUUUCAUGCAAUUGUCCUUUUUUUAUUAAAAUAUUUAUUGAAAUAUAAUUGAAUAUGUGACCACAAAAUUAAGGGAAAGUGUUUUGUAGGCUACACACACCAACAGAAUGGCCCUGACGCUUUUUUAGAAACUACCCAGACUCAUUCAUUAAGUUUUAUUGAAUUGAAUUCCAUAGUCAAAAACUACAUUUCCCAGUAGUCCAGUCUGUCAGUGAAAGGGAAGUGGACUGGACAUUUCUGCUAUUUGGAAGUAAAGUGGCGGUUAUUGUUGUGUAUAGAAGGAAAAAUUUUCUGUAUUGAAGGCCUGGCUUGAGCGAUGUUCUUUAAAGCGAACAGUGCCGAACUAGGAAUGUUGAAUGGAGGAUCACCUGUGACACAGACAGAAAUAAAGAUAUUUUGUGAAUCC